UCCUAGCAGGGUGACACAUGCAAGUCUAAUGGCAGAAAGCAACAGGACCACUGAGGUUGCAGAACUUAUCCUGUGCAAUAAUGAAGCAAAUAUUUAUGAUUGCAAUCAAUCAGAUCCCAUGGGAUCUCAAAGCCCAAUCCCACUGACAGACGCCUGGCUGGUGCCAGUGUUUUUCAUCCUCAUUAUGUUUGUAGGUUUGGUGGGUAACUCAUUGGUCAUCUAUGUAGUCGUCAAAAACCAGCAGAUGAAAACUGUUACAAACUUCUACAUAGUUAAUCUUGCCACCACAGAUAUACUUUUCCUGGUUUGCUGUGUUCCUUUCACUGCCACUUUGUACACUCUUCCUAGCUGGAUAUUUGGGGACUUCAUGUGUCGCCUGAUCAAUUACCUGCAACAGGUAACUGCACAAGCAACCUGCAUCACUUUGUCUGCAAUGAGUGUUGAUCGUUUUUACGUGACCGUCUACCCUCUCCAGUCCCUCCGUCAUCGAACACCACAGAUGGCUCUGUCUGUAUGCACCACGAUUUGGAUAUGUAUGAAAAUCAUUCCAAUCA